GGUUAAGUGAAGUCAUGUUGCUUCUCGGAAUAAUUUUUUCAUUGUUAUUUCAAAACUCCUUUGCCAGCCAAGAUGGCAAGGAAGUUUGUACACUCCUAUCGAUGUGUAAUAAUAUUGAAGCCAUAAAAUCAGAGCUGGUUGGUGUGCGUGAGGAGCAAAGACGCCACGCAGAUAUUUUGGAGAGAUUAGAUAAAAAAUUCGACCUCCUUCUUGGGAAUUCAUACCCCGCCAACUGCGCUGAGUCAUCCAAGCAUAAUCUUUUGAUUCGAGUGCCAGCGUACAGUGCGUACCCCUUUGAGGUGACCUGCGAUCAGGAGAGUCAUGGUGGAGGCUGGACUGUAUUCCUGCGACGUAACGACGGUAGUCAGGAGUUUUUCCUCGAGUGGAAGGACUACAAAGAAGGGUUUGGCCUGCUGGAAAAUGAGUUUUUCAUGGGCCUAGACAUACUGCACGCGAUGACGGCAUCGGAGCCGCAGGAACUUCUAGUUCUUCUAGAAGAUUACGGAGGAAUCCAGGCUUACGCGCUUUACGAUAACUUUAGAGUUGGUCCGGAGUGUAAUAAUUAUACUUUGGAGUCGGUGGGAUCAUUUUCUGGAGACGCCGGCGAUUCGCUAACAACUCAUGAGGGUAUGCAGUUCAGCACUAAGGAUCGCGAUAACGACGUUUGGGAUGGAAACUGUGCACUUAAAUAUACUGGAGCUUGGUGGUACCGUGAUUGCCAUUGGAGCAAUUUGUGUGGCACAUAUGGCAAGGAUAAACCUGCUGUUGGUGUAAUUUGGGAGACAUUUGCCAGCUAUUCUAACGUGAUGAAACGUGCUGUAAUGAUGAUGAGGCCGAAAACAUAUUCUCUAAAACAAAAAUAAAUUGUAAAUUACAAUCGUCAUUGGGUAAUAAAGUUUUUAAAAAUAUUUUGUAAUUAA